GCUCUGCGGAGUCCGCCGCGGUCCCGCGCGCCCGCCCCACCCCGCGGCCUGCCAGGCCCGGAGGAGCCGAGGGGGCCGCCUCUCGCCCAGCCUGCCCGACGACAUGGGGACUCUCAGGCCCAGGCGUGCUGGUCACCAUGACAACAGAGACAGGCCCCGAUUCUGAGGUGAAGAAGGCUCAGGAGGAAGCCCCGCAGCAGCCUGAGGCCGCCUCUGCUGUGACUACCCCUGUGACUCCCACAGGCCACGGCCACCCAGAGGCCAACUCCAAUGAGAAGCAGCCGCCCCAGCAGGAAACUCGGCCUGCUGAACAGAGCCUAGACAUGGAAGAGAAGGACUACGGUGAGGCCGAUGGCCUGUCAGAGAGGACCACACCCAGCAAGGCUCAGAAAUCACCCCAGAAAAUUGCCAAGAAAUACAAGAGUGCCAUCUGCCGGGUCACUCUGCUUGAUGCCUCCGAGUAUGAGUGUGAGGUGGAGAAACAUGGCCGGGGCCAGGUGCUGUUUGACCUGGUCUGUGAGCACCUCAACCUCCUGGAGAAAGACUACUUUGGCCUGACUUUCUGUGAUGCCGACAGCCAGAAGAACUGGCUGGACCCCUCCAAGGAAAUCAAGAAGCAGAUCCGGAGCAGCCCAUGGAAUUUUGCCUUCACAGUCAAGUUCUACCCUCCUGACCCUGCCCAGCUGACAGAAGACAUCACGAGAUACUACCUGUGCCUGCAGCUGCGGGCAGACAUCAUCACAGGCCGGCUGCCCUGCUCCUUUGUCACACAUGCCCUACUGGGCUCCUACGCUGUGCAGGCAGAGCUGGGUGACUACGAUGCCGAGGAGCACGUGGGCAACUAUGUCAGUGAGCUCCGCUUUGCCCCUAACCAGACCCGGGAGCUGGAGGAGAGGAUCAUGGAGCUGCACAAGACAUACAGGGGCAUGACGCCAGGAGAAGCUGAAAUUCACUUCCUAGAGAACGCCAAGAAGCUUUCCAUGUACGGGGUAGACCUGCACCAUGCCAAGGACUCUGAGGGCAUUGACAUCAUGUUAGGCGUCUGUGCCAAUGGCCUGCUCAUCUACCGAGACCGGCUGAGAAUCAACCGUUUUGCCUGGCCCAAGAUUCUCAAGAUCUCCUACAAGAGGAGUAACUUCUAUAUCAAGAUCCGGCCUGGGGAGUAUGAACAGUUUGAGAGCACAAUAGGCUUUAAGCUCCCAAACCACCGGUCAGCUAAGAGACUGUGGAAGGUCUGCAUUGAGCAUCACACUUUCUUCCGGCUGGUGUCCCCUGAGCCCCCACCUAAGGGCUUCCUGGUAAUGGGCUCCAAGUUUCGCUAUAGCGGGAGGACACAGGCACAGACCCGCCAGGCCAGUGCCCUCAUCGACCGGCCUGCACCCUUCUUUGAGCGUUCCUCCAGCAAACGGUACACCAUGUCUCGCAGCCUUGAUGGAGCAGAAUUCUCCCGCCCAGCCUCUGUCAGUGAGAACCAUGAUGCAGGACCUGACGGUGACAAGAGGGAGGAAUAUGGCGAGUCUGGUGGGCGGCAGUCAGAAGCCGACGAUGGAGAGGUCAGGACUCCCACCAAGAUCAAGGAGCUAAAGUUCUUAGACAAGCCAGAGGAUGUCUUGCUGAAGCACCAGGCCAGCAUCAAUGAGCUUAAAAGGACACUGAAGGAACCCAACAGCAAACUAAUCCACCGGGAUCGAGACUGGGAGCGGGAGCGCAGGCUGCCCUCCUCACCCGCCUCCCCUUCCCCCAAGGGCACCCCUGAGAAAGCCAACGAGCCAGUGAAAACAGAAACCAUGACUGUCAGCAGCCUGGCCAUCAGGAAGAAGAUCGAGCCAGAGGCUGUACUGCAGACCAGGGUCACCACUGUGGACACCACCCAGGUUGAUGGGAGUGCCCCAGGAGGGAAGGAGUUCAUAACAACUACCCCCUCCAUCACCACGGAGACCAUAUCAACCACCAUGGAGAACAGUCUCAAGUCCGGGAAGGGGGCAGCUGCCAUGAUCCCAGGCCCACAGACGGUGGCCACGGAAAUCCAUUCUCUUUCUCCGAUCAUCGGGAAAGAUGUCCUCACCAGCACCUACGGCGCCACCGCGGAAACCCUCUCAACCUCCACCACCACCCAUGUUACCAAAACUGUGAAAGGAGGGUUUUCUGAGACAAGGAUCGAGAAGCGAAUCAUCAUUACUGGGGACGAAGAUGUUGAUCAAGACCAGGCUCUAGCUUUAGCCAUCAAGGAGGCCAAACUACAGCAUCCUGACAUGCUGGUAACCAAAGCUGUCGUAUACAGAGAAACAGACCCAUCCCCGGAGGAGAGGGACAAGAAGCCACAGGAAUCCUGACCUCUGUGAAGAGAUGCUGGCAUUUCUGGUCCAAGCCAAGCCAGAGAACCGUUAAGAAGGGGCCUUCAUUCUGGAUUCUCCGACUCAACACCAGUGUCCCAGCAGUGAUGUACUGUCCCUGAUGAAAGACUGGGAAAGGAAAAGCAUAUAUAUAUAGAUAUAUAUAGAUAUAGAUAUAUAUACAGGAAACACCGCGUCCUUGCACUGCUGCUGGGGCUGGUGGAGCAGUCAGCGACAGCAACAACCAACAUCUGAACACCUACAUUUUCCUUUGCAGACAAAUUGAAGAAUUGGUGGAAUUUUUCAGGAAAAAACAAUUUAUGACAACAAUAAUCCCUCGCUCUGCAAUUCCCCUGCCUAAUGACAAAAGCAAGCCAGACCAUUAUGAUUGUAGAAGUACAAUAUGACUCUGGUUCUGCACGUUACAUUUAGUGGACGAGCGUUCCAUUUGUUCUUCCCCAGCAUCUGUUGCCCACUUGAAUGCAAAGGAAAACACUUUUGCAGCAAAGCAAGAGAAGU